UUUCUCUCAGAGCAAUGAUGUGCAGACAUCUCCAGUGAUCCUGUUCCUCUCUACUCCCACUUACAAGCCCCUACUGUGAAAUGGAGAAGUACUGCCUGGACUCUCUUUCCAACAUCUCAGAACAGCACGGCAUGUUCUGUAACAUCACAUUGUUAAACGUCACAGGAAAUGACUCUGGGACCAAAUCCAUCGAGGACCUCCUACUGGAAUUUCUAGGGCCGAAACGCUCUCCCGUCUUCCUCCCUAUCACCCUGGUUUACCUGCUCAUCUUCUUUUUUGGUGUGUCUGGCAACCUUCUCACAUGCGCAGUGAUAUCCAAACACAAGAAGAUGCGUACCACCACCAACCUGUUCCUGUUCAGCCUGGCUGUGUCGGACCUCUUGGUGCUCCUUUUUGGGAUGCCCCUAGAGAUCUACGACAUGUGGCAGAACUACCCCUUCCCUUUCGGCGAGGGAGUCUGCUACUUCAAGAUCUUCCUCCUUGAGACCGUCUGCUUCGCUUCCAUCCUAAAUGUGACAGUGCUGAGUGCGGAGAGGUACAUCGCCGUGGUCCAUCCACUAAAAAUACGCUAUGUCUCCACCAACAAGCAUGCCAAGCAUGUCAUCAGUGCCGUAUGGGUGGUGUCCCUGGUCUGUGCCAUCCCCAACACCUCCCUGCAUGGCAUCUACUACUUGAAUCUCCCGGAGAAGGUGGCAGAGUCAGCCAUAUGCAGUUUGAUAGGGGCCCCGUGGAUCUAUAACCUGGUGAUCCUGAUCACCACUGCGUGCUUCUACAUUGUGCCAAUGACGGUGAUGAGCGGUCUGUACCUGGUGAUGGGCAUCCAGCUGGGCAGGGAGCGACACCUUUCCCAGGGAACUAUGAGGAAGAACUGUAGCACCAACACCAACUGGAGAAUCCACGUAGAGCGAGGGCGUAGGAGACAAGCCACCAAGAUGCUUGCUGUGGUCGUGCUGGUGUUUUCCAUCUGCUGGGCGCCUUUCCAUAUCGACCGGCUCUUGUGGAGCUGCAUCAUGCAGUGGUCUGUCUGGACAGACCUCAACCAAACUGUGUACCAGUGUGUGCACCUCCUUUCCGGCAUCCUCUUCUACCUCAGCUCUGCAGUCAACCCUGUUAUCUACAACAUGCUCUCCACACGCUUUCGGGAAUGCUUCUGGGAUCUUAUCUGCACACAUACGAAAGACACCGCCUCUAGAAAAGACUGCCCGCCCUUCGCCAAAAUCCUGCUGGAUCCCUCUGGCCCAGUUCCUAAAUCCCAGGCCAGUCCCAGGGACCAGAACUCCCUCACUCCCCUGUUAUGUCCAAUUGGGACUGGGAGCACAGAGAUCACAACAUUGACAUGUGAACAUUCCUGUGUGGUAGACUCUGACUUCACUGCUACUGCUUUUUAA